GGAUCCUCCCUGCAUGGGCGGGAAGUCCCAGCUCUGCUCUCUGACCCUGUCCCGGCAUCCUGCUGGAGGAGCGGUUAGACCGGCCCCGUCAUGGCGGCGUGCGGCACAGACAGGCUGGGCUCCCGGUGGCUGCUGGCGGUGCUGUGUUUACUCGGUGGCUCCAGCCGGGCUCAGGACAGCGCCAUGGAGGAGAUCGUGACCGAGAAACAGGUGGAGGCCAGCCACCGUCAGGACACCGUGAACCUGCUCAUCUUCAUCCUGCUGCUCACCCUCACCAUCCUCACCAUCUGGCUCUUCAAACACCGCAGGUUCCGCUUCCUGCAUGAGACCGGCCUGGCCACGAUCUACGGUCUUAUUGUUGGCGUGGUACUGCGAUACGGAAUUCAUGUUCCCAGCGACGUGAACAAUGUUACUGAGAGCUGUGAGCUGCAGACCAGCCCUGCCACUCUGAUAAUGAAUGUCAGCGGCAAAUUCUAUGAGUAUACCUUGAAGGGUGAAAUCAGUCCCAAGGAACUCAACAAUGUGCAGGACAAUGAAAUGCUUCGGAAGGUUACAUUUGAUACCGAGGUGUUUUUCAAUAUUCUCCUUCCGCCCAUUAUAUUUUACGCUGGUUAUAGCUUGAAAAGGAGGCAUUUCUUCAGAAAUUUAGGCUCCAUUCUCGCUUAUGCAUUUCUUGGCACAGCAAUAUCCUGCUGCGUUAUAGGAUCUCUCAUUUAUGGCUGUGUCAAACUGAUGCAGGUGACAGGAACCCUCACAGGAAAUUUUUACUUCACAGACUGCCUAUUUUUUGGUGCUAUUAUAUCUGCAACUGACCCAGUGACUGUUCUUGCUAUAUUCCAUGAGCUUCAAGUUGAUGUGGACAUGUAUGCCCUUCUGUUUGGAGAAAGUGUCUUGAACGAUGCAGUUGCCAUAGUAUUGUCCUCAUCAAUUGGAGCGUAUCGUCCCGCUGGAGAAAACACUCACACAUUUGACAUCACCGCAAUGCUCAAGUCUGUCGGAAUAUUCUUAGGGAUCUUCAGUGGAUCGUUCGCUAUGGGAGCAGCUACUGGAGUGGUUACAGCAUUGAUAUCAAAGUUCACCAAACUGCGUGAGUUUCCACUUUUAGAGACGGGUCUGUUCUUCUUGAUGUCCUGGAGCACCUUUCUCCUUGCUGAGGCAUGUGGUUACACAGGUGUUGUUGCAGUUUUGUUUUGUGGCAUUACUCAGGCGCAUUAUACCUAUAACAACUUAUCAACAGAGUCUCAACUCAGAACAAAACAGCUCUUCGAGCUUUUGAAUUUUUUGGCAGAAAACUUCAUUUUUUCCUAUAUGGGUCUGGCUUUAUUUACUUUCCAGAAUCACAUCUUCAAUCCUACAUUUAUUGUUGGUGCCUUUAUUGCUGUGUUUCUUGGAAGAGCAGCCAAUAUUUACCCUCUUUCCUUUUUACUUAAUCUGGGUCGGAGAAAUAAAAUUAGGGCAAACUUCCAGCAUAUGAUGAUGUUUGCAGGGUUACGUGGAGCAAUGGCCUUUGCAUUGGCGUUUCGAGACACUGCCACCUAUGCAAGACAAAUGAUGUUCUCCACAACACUUCUAAUUGUAUUUUUCACGGUCUGGGUAUUUGGUGGGGGCACAACAGCAAUGUUAUCAUGCUUAAAUAUAAGGGUGGGUGUAGAUGCAGACCACGACCAAAUGGGGGUUCCUGAAAACGAACGUAGGAGUACGAAAACAGAGAGUGCCUGGCUUUUUAGAUUGUGGUACAACUUUGAUCACAAUUAUCUCAAACCUCUUUUGACACACAGUGGGCCACCACUUACGGCAACACUUCCCAGUUGCUGUGGGCCAAUUGCCAGAUGCCUAACAAGUCCACAAGCUUAUGAGAACCAGGAGCAGUUGAAAGAUGAUGAUGAUUCGGAUCUCAUCUUGAAUGAUGGCGAUAUAAGUUUAACAUAUGGAGAUUCCACUGUGAGCACGGAUCCUGUAACUUCCAACAGUUCAAGGAGGGGCGUGGGUAACAGCUCGGAGGAUGCAAUUGAUCGAGAGCUUGCUAGUGGAGAUCAUGAACUUAUCAUAAGAGGAACACGUCUAGUCAUGGAGGAAUGUGAACCCCCAGUAAGCCUUCAAGUCACCAGGAGGCCUAGCCCUAUGUAGAGUCUUUGGGCUGGUUGGCUGUGUUGGCAAUGGAGUUUUCGUUUGUGUAUUUAAUCUUGCCACUAUAUUGUACUUCCUAAUGCAUGGCUAAGAUUGUUUGUUUGAGCUAUAUAAAUGCUGUUUAUAUGGCAUAGGAGGAAUAUCUUUUGUUUGACUCAACUUUAAAGAUCAAAUUCAUAUUUUUUUUUAAUAUUUUUUUUUCUUCAAACCAUUUGCACUUUAAGUGAAGCCAUCGAAAAAAAGUAUUUGCACAACAUCUCCAAUAAUUAUGAACAUGUCUAUCCUCGUAUACUUUCCUUUUACUUGAAAUAUUAUGUGGGGUUAAUUUAACAUUUAUAUUUGUGUUUAGUUUGUUAAUGUUUAGCUUAAGUAUAGUCAAUGGUAGCUCUGAGGUGGUUGUGAAAUAACAACCCUUUAUUACCAGUUUAAUUAUUAUUUUGCCCUGGGCUACAAUAGCCAUGAUUCUUUGUCAAAGCAUGAUGGGAGCUGUUGUUCCACAGUGGUGGAAGAGCCUUUGGUUGACUAAACCUGGUUUAAAUAAUAUAUUGUAAUUUUGUUAAUAUUGGCCAUGUUUAACUCUCUUGCUGGCAAAGGGUCUUAAAUUUAAUAUGCAACACACUGUCGCAAUUUGUGCUCUCUAUUUAACUCCGUCCAUUGGCAAACCAUGGGUAGCCGAUUUGAAACCUAGACACCCCUCUCUCUCAAACAGAGCCUGUCUGGCUUCUCUUCUGAAACACAUACAGUCAGAAUGUGUCUGUCUUGUCUUGUGCUUAUUUUUUUUGGGUGGUUUUCUUUUUUUUUUUUUUUUUUUUUACUUUUUACCGCCUUUAUAGAAGACAAAAAAAAAAAAAUAAAUCAGUGUUUCCAGCCAAAAAUUGUUUUAAGGAAAAUAAGGGGGGGAAAAAAUUACUUUUCAUUCCAAAGUUUUUCUUUACACGUUCAUGACACAAAAUAAUUUUGCAAUACCAUGGUGGAGAUUAUGAAAUCCCCUUGUAUUUAUUUUCCAUCUGCAAAGCAAAUGAAAGGAGACUGUUCAUUCCGAUCCUUCAGAGCUUAUUUGUAUGAUACUGACCCACUCCUGCAUCUGUUAAUAUUGUAUAUAUUUGUACAGGUCGUAGAAUAGUGUGUGCGUAUAUAAAUAGGCCAUAUAAGAAAGGACAACCCUUAUAAAUUGUUUCUUUCUUCUUUAAUCAUUUAUCUCCACAGAUAUCCCUGUCACAUGUAUAACCUUUACAUUAUUUUGUGUGUGGAUUAAACGUAACAAAAGUGGGCGUCCGUAAAAUGGUGUUAAAGUGAACCUGUAAUGGAAAAAAUGACUUGCCGAAAGUAGCUUCCAUACAUUUCAUACACCAUAUAUCAUAAAUAUUCAAUGUAUAAGGGAAAGAUUUACUCACUUUUCCUCUGUUCCAACGCCGUGUCGUGGUGUUACACUUCCUGGCGUAACCUCCUGGCCGUACUCCGCUACACCUCUGUUCUUCUCUGAUUUGCCCUGCUUGGGACACCUCCCCAAGUAGGGCACAUCUCAUCUGUGACAUCUGCAUGCUGGCUUCAUUGUCGGCAUCGAAACGUAGUAAAGUGACGUCACUCCAUUUCUAUAUUCCCUAACCGGGGUUUCCAUAGCAACCACAGUGCAUGCGCUGUGAUUGCUAUGGGAGGAGAGCAGAGAAACCUCCUCUGGGAGGUCUCUUCUGCCCUCCCUUGUCAGUCAAUGCCUUUACGUGCAUGUUUUUAAAUGGGUUUUUCUCCAAAUCUAUACAUUUUCCAGCCAAACUGUUAGCACAAUGUAUAGAUAAAAUCUUAUGCUCAAUCUGAUGAGCACAAGUUUUUUGGGACAUGAACUGUGCCCUUUAACCCCUUAAGGACCAAACUUCUGGAAUAAAAGGGAAUCAUGACAUGUCACACAUGUCAUGUGUCCUUAAGGGGUUAAGUAUCCAAUACCUGCACGAAGAGUAAAAUUACUGCUUUCUUUUGUUAUUUGUGCAAGAUUUGCCUUUAUUUGCUUAACUGGACCUGUCUGUUCUGAUUCUUAAAUUUUUUUUAAUCCUGACAUAUUCUCCAGUGCCAACUCUACCAUGAUUAUGCCAGGUUUGUGUAUUGCACUUAUGUAACUGCCACUAUCCAUCUACUGUCUGCUCCCCCACUAGUUUGGCUCUGUUUCUAAUCAAUUCCCAAUUCAGAGCACACUGCCUCUCUGAUUCCCAGCACA